AUAAUGGGCGAUCUCCCUCCUUCUCGUGUCUCUCGCCUCAAACCUUUUUCCCAUACUGGUGUUGAUUUCGCGGGUCCCUUCAAAGUCACUAUGAGUAAACACCGUGGAAUUCGUGCUUCUAAGGCUUAUCUUUGCUUGUUCGUUUGCUUCGCGACAAAAGCUGUACAUUUGGAACUUGCUUCUGAUUUGACGAUGAAUACCUUUCUUGCAGCUUUGAAGCGGUUCAUUGCUCGUCGUGGGCGUUGUUCCAACUUAUAUAGCGAUUGUGGUACCAAUUUUGUCGCCGCUCAUAGGUAUUUGAACGAACUAUUCGCCAAGGCUGCUUCUGCGGAAUCAAUCACUUGGCAUUUCAACCCUGCUUCUGCACCUCAUUUCGGAGGUCUUUGGGAGUCUGCAAUCAAGUGUGCAAAGAUGCAUCUUCUUCGAGUUGUUGGAGAGCAGAUUCUCACGUACGAGGAGCUUAACACUGUCUUCACUCAGGUCGAAGCUAUUCUUAAUUCUCGUCCGCUGACACCCAACCGCUGACUGCUCUACCAGAGCAAGAUAACACUGCUCUUCCCAUCAAUAGACUUACACGUUGGCAACUUCUAGAGCGUAUGCACCGCGAUUUUUGGAAUCGUUGGUCCAAAGAAUAUUUACACAACUUACACCAAAGAAGUAAAUGGCAUCUAUCCAGUACGCCUGUUAAAGAAAAUGUGCUAGUCCUUAUAAAAUCGGACAACUUGCCACCCUGUAAAUGGCAAUUGGGACGUAUAGUUGAAUUGCAUCCUG